GUGUUGGAGAGUGAGGCUAAUUUCACACUGCGCUCGGAUGUGUGGUCCUUCGGUGUGGUGAUGUGGGAGAUCUACAGUCUCGGCAGUCUGCCUUACAGUGACGUGCCGAUUCGAGAGCUGCUGCCUUAUCUCAGCAGUGGUCGACGUUUGAUACCGCCAAGCAGUGCACCAUCGAAUAUAGCCAAGCUCAUGAGGAUGUGUUGGGAGAUGCCGGCUGAGUCGCGACCCACUUUCGUGAAACUUGACUUCUACUUGAAUGGGCCGUCCAAGCGCUCUAAGUCUGGUGCCUAUGACACAAGACCGCCUAUAUUGCCUAUUAAACCGCAACUGUCAUCUACUUCCUCUCCGAUCAACUCUCCCAAAAAAGAAUCCAAAGUUUUCACUUAA